UCUAAAAGCUAUUUUUCAUACUUAGUCUAAACGAAAAUUAUUCCUCAGCAUGAAGUGAAAGUUAUCUGAAUCAUUUAUAUAAGAUCCAGCUACAGUGCUUAAGGCAGUACUUGAAGAAAUUCAAAUCGAGUUUGCUUAAGAAGCGUCCAGUGCAUUGAAAACAUGAACACUUUCAUUUUUAUCCUGAGCGCCAUGUGCUUUGCAGUUGCUGCUACUACCGCCACAUUUUCCGAUUUCGACAAGAGCUUCGAUCGAAACUCCACGGUAGAUGCGCAGAAUUCAACAGAAUUCCAAUCUUAUCCUGAAGUCGUACGUCCUAACUCAACAGUUCGUUCCUCGAAGAUGUUACCUUCAGUUCAAAGAAAUGCGAGUGAAAUCGAGGCUGUAAGGGCAGCUGCUAAAAAGGAUUUUGAAACUGGACAGGAUGCCAAAUACAUUCCUCCAAUUACUGAAGUGGAAUGCCAUGUUGAGUACCAAAUAACCCAGCGAGCUCCGGGACGUUGUAUUAAUUUGUUGGGUAUGGGUACUGUCCGUGCAUGCCAAGCUGGUGUAUACCUUGCGUUUCAAAGCAGCGAGUGCAACUGAAUGCUGCACUGCGGACUACAAACUUGACGGCCACGUGCGUUUAAAACCGCACCGAUUUAAGAUUUUUAAAGGUGUGAUUUUAAUAUUUGAAUGUUUACAUAAUGUACUUUACUCUUGAUUCGUAUUUUUUGUAAGGUACCUCGUAUAAGUUUAAUAAACAUUUUACUGGAA